UGAGGGCGGGGCGAGAGGGCGGGGGAAGCUGAGAAACGUCACGACUGUCAUUGUGAUGCUGCAGCUGGUGAGGUGGACCAGACCCCGUCCCCGCACAUCAGAUGAAGGCCCGUCCAGCUCUCAUCAGACCCACUCACGACGCGUCCAGCAUCGUCGGGCUUCGACCCUUCUUCUGCCACGGCGAGCGCACAGAAAGGAGGGAGGCGGGCCCCACAGUUUGAGAACCACUGGUCUAGAGGAACUCCAAACUCCAUACCUUCUUCGCGGAUGGGCUGGAACAUCCUAAUGCAUUCACCCAAUCAGCAUGCAGUGUUCCUGGAAGACAUUGGUGCUGCUAGCUUUAGCCUCCAUUGCCAUUCAGUAUACAGCCAUUCGUACAUUCUCCACAAGGCCUCCAAGCCUGUUGUGCUCGGUGGGCUUGGUUCUAGCAAGCUGCACAACCAAUUGCAGCAUCAACGAUGUGAUGCAAAAGGGUCAGGAGACAUUCCAGAGCUGUGGGGAUGUUCUCCCCCACAUUGCUUCCAUUCCUGUCCCACCUGCCAUUCAUAAUGCCAGGAGGAGAACCAACAUCCUCAUUCUAGCCACCACACGGAGUGGCUCCUCGUUUGUUGGCCAACUGUUCAACCAGAAUCCAGAGGUAUUCUAUCUGUUUGAGCCUUUGUACCAUGUACAGUCGGCAUUGUUGCCUCGACUGGCAACAAGUCGAAACUCAGCUGAAAGAAGAUUGAUGCUGGGACCAGCCAGAGACUUGCUGAGGUCCCUAUACCAGUGUCAUCUCAGCAGCCUUGAACGUUACAUCCAGCCCCGUCCCACUCAACAUCUGACUGACAAGCUGUUCAGGAGAGGAGCUAGCCAGUCUCUUUGUUCUGCUCCCGUAUGCGAGGCUUCCCUCAGCCCUAAGGAGCAAAAACUUGUGCUGGCUGAUGAGGGGGAGUGUGUGAAGAAGUGUAGUCCACUUAAUAUAUCACUUGCAGCCAGUGCCUGCAGAACAAGGCAUCAUGCAGCCAUCAAGACUGUUCGGAUUCCUCAAAUCAGUGACCUACGAGCACUCAUUGAAGAUCCAAAGCUCAACCUGAAGGUGGUCCAGCUGGUUCGAGAUCCGCGGGGCAUCUUGGCAUCUCGUAUUGAAACAUUUAGAGACACUUAUAGGUUGUGGCGUCUAUGGAGAGCGACUGGACGCCGCCCCCAUAACUUAGAUCUGAGUCAGAUCAACACAGUGUGUGAGGAUUUCCUUCAGUCCGUGUCCACAGGACUUGCCAGACCUCGGUGGCUCAAAGGAAGGUACAUGCUCCUAAGGUAUGAAGACUUGGCCAGGUUUCCCCUCCAGAAAACCAGAGAGUUGUACACGUUUCUUGGUUUGGUUCUGGAGUCCAGUGUGGUGGACUGGAUCAUCAACAACACUCGAGGCAGCAAUGAUCUGUCAACGCGGCAGAAAUUCACCACAGUUCGGGACUCGGCAGCAAACGCAGAGAACUGGAGGGUGAAGCUCUCCUUCGACUUAGUGGUUUACACCCAAACCGCCUGUAAACCACUUCUGGGGCUUCUUGGAUACAAGACCGUCCUCCACCCAAGAGAACUGAUUAACCUCUCCCACUCUUUAGUGGAGGACAGGAGGUUCCUCCCAUUUUCGUAAACUACUGAGAAGCAUGAUCCAUCAUGAGAGGACACCACUGUCGUCUCUGGAGAAGAUGAAAUGUAAUCAAAACCUCAUUCUGGUCUCUAUGAAUCCAAAUUUUUUCCCCCUACCCCUCCGGCUCCUCCCUACCCCUACAUUUAGCCCUCCAAGCAGGGAGUUAUGGAAAACUAUUGUCUUCAAAUCAUCACAACCACUCCAGGAUGCCAUCAAUAGUUGCCGGUGAGAUAUGUUAGCACGUAGUUGCCAGCGCUUGGAAAAUACACAACAUUGUUUUUUUAUCUUUAAUAAGUCAUCCAAAAGAAAAAGUCAUUACUUACAUUUAACUGUGAACUUCUGUGCUUCAGAGCACACCACAUGAAGAAAUGCGUUUCACUUCUGUGACACAGAUCACCCUACAGGCCGAGGGAUAGCCAGUCCUAAGUCACUGCUGCCACCCCAUAAAAAAUGUUCGGCCACAACCACAACUCCAAUGCCCCUACAAUUGGAGCAAUUGGGAGGAGCCAGAGAGGUAGCGGAGGAAUUCGUAUUCGGCCAAUCACUAUGUCUUUGGAGAAAAAAUGAACUGCGUCCCACAAUCUUUUCAACUGACAUAGUAUCAAGUUUGAUUGAUGUUAUUCUUUGAACCUGGGCAGGACCAGUUUAUUCAUGUAUUCCUUUAGCAAUCAACUACCUCUGUGCUCAGCCUUUUAUUUUAGACACUACGCCACAAACGUCAUGGUUGGGUAUUUGAAACAAAUUGGUGGCUUAUUAGAACUUCCGGACCCUCUGACCUUGUCAUAAUUUAAAAUGUUUAAUUUUGUCGUUGGAUUUUUAUGAGUUUGACCUAUUAAAACUUGAAAGAAAUUGCAAAAAA